CCGGUCUCCAUCUUGGGGUCAACACCAACAACUGCUUGACAACGCAUGUUUUCUCUCGAUAAACUUUCAAUUUUGAUGAUUAAAACUUAUCAACAUCGAACUUGAAAUUUUCAAACACAAUUUCCUUAUCGUUUCUCAAUCAAUUAAACAAUAAACAUGACGAAGCGCUGUAUUUGUCAAAUUUGUACCUGCGGGCGCCACAAAUGUCCCCACAACCCAACAAAUCACCUGUCACAAGGGGAUGGACCUUGCCGCCUUACUGAGUAUACUAAUGUAUACAAGGCACACCCACUUGGGGCUCGGGAGAACUUCAAACCAAACCAACAGCCUAUGCAUGGUGGGGAGUUUAUGGAUAAAACUACACAACGGACGGACUACAAACCGCACCCACUGGAGCGUCCUUUCGUACACAAGCAUGAGGACUAUGUCAAGCCGCCAGGUGACAUGGAAAACAUGACAUCUUACAAGCAGGAAUAUGUUGAAAAGCAUGCACCCCCAGCACAAGCCAUUAGGAAUGAAGGCCAGAGGCAAUUGCCAGCUAGAUUUGAGGGGGAACCAACAUACAAAUCGGACUACAAGAAGUGGGAUGGUACGCGAGUUCAGGCAUACGGCCAGCAAGCAGCCUGGGAACCACCAAAGUCAAAGUUUGAAGGUCAAACCACAUUCCAGACCGACUAUCGAAGCAAGGAGAUAGGCCCCCGUCACAGCUUCAAGCCAAAUGAGGGAGCUAAAAUGUCUGAUACUCCGUUUGAGGACAGGACAAGUCAUCGGGAUGCCUACAUCCAGCAUGCCAUGCCGGCCCGCUUCCAGAGAGAGAGAGAGCACUACAAGCCUCCACAGGUGGGCUUUGAAGGUCUCAGCACCCAGAAAAGGGACUACAAAGGAGCCGUAGGCCAACCCACACACAGCUUCAAACCUGAGGGACGGGCCUUUCAGUCUGAGGCACCUUUUGAUGAUGACACUACAAACAGAGUUGACUACAAACGCUGGCCCAUGGAAAGGCCAUUUGUCCACGCUCAUGACCAAUAUCAGAAACCUGCUGGUGAAAUGGACAUGAACACUACACACAACCAGACCUACAGAGAGAUGCCUAUUGAGAGAGUGGUAGCAAUGCGACCAAACUCCAUGAAACAGGCUAGUGCUCCAUUUGAUGGCACAACCAACUACAACUCAGAUUUCCGCAAGUGGAACGGAGAGAGAGCUCAGAUGACCAAGCAGCCUGCCUACAUGCCAAACAAUGCUCCAUUUGAAGGCAACUCCACAUACAAGGGUCACUAUGUUCCACAACCAAUGCAGGCAGUACACUCAUUCCGCCCGGACAACAACGCCUUCCGCAGUGAUGCCCAGUUUGAUGACCACACCAUGUACCGCCAGGACUACACACCCAAACCCAUCCAGCUGUGCGAAGCUGCAGUGAUUGACCAGCCCACUUCCCGGUUUAGGUUUUCUGAGCUGGACACGCGGGGCCACCGGAUGUACCAGAGCACCAUCACCCCUCUUCAAACUCAGCAGAGGUCACUGUCACAGCAAAGACUAGGCAUGAGUGUGGCAUAAGCUUAGUGUAAUCACUCAAGUUACAGGUAUUCCAAACUUUGCAAUCCCAUCAAAUGAACUUUUUCAAGGUUUUUUUCUUUGUAUGAAAUCAUUAACCUCCAACUUUAAUCACAUGCUUGUAGGUUUCAAAUUCAAAGUGUGAAAAUGUAAUACCAGUAGUGCCAAAGUGUGUCUUUGAUCAGAUUUUGAUUGUUUGGGCACUUUGGCUGUUUCAUUUGCUGUAGUGCACCCAUUCACCUGUUUGUAAAUGAUUAAAGGAUAAUGUAUAAAUUUAUAAAGUAAAUCAGUAUUUUACUUACUGCUGAUAAUUCAGUUAUGCAUGUAUAUAGUAUGCUUUAAAUUUAGCUGAUAAUAUUACUGCCUGACAUUCUUUGUAAAAUUGUGUAAACUGUUGUACACACUGGAGUUUCACAUUCUUUGCAAAUUGUUAUAAUGCAAACUUGGGAUAAGUGCUUGUUUAAGAGUUGUUAUGGUAACAACAACAGUGGCAUAGUUUUGUUCUACUGUUUUAACAAUUAUGUUAAAGAUGCAGAUGUUUAUAUAUUCUUUUACAUAUUUUUUUAAUUACAAAGGCUUUCAUUGAGUUAAUUAAAAACAAAUCUAGUUUAGGUGAGUUAUAAAACAACUAUUUUGAAAAAAUAACCUUUGGUCCAUUAUUUUAUAUCUGUAAUUAUUAAUGACAUUUUUAUUUUAAUCAGAACACAACUUCACUCUAUUUGAAAUAAGUUGUUGUAGCUUUAGUUAUUUUUCCUGAAACAUUUUAUUUUGUAGAUCAUUUACCAUUUAUAGCUUUCUAUAAUUUUAAUGUUAAUGUAUGUGUUUAUAUGUACAUGUACCUUGCUUAUAAGCUGAGUCUGUGAUAUGACUGUUAGCAGUAGCUAUUGUGUGGUUGUUUUAUGUUUGUAAGGCAUGAAUUUGUUAGUUGGUACCUCAUAUUUAUGUGCUGUAUUUUUAAACAGCAGUAUGGAUAUAAAAUUCCUUUAGGGGAACUUAGUUUAUGUUUAUUAUUUGGUUUUCUACUGGCUUAGGUUGGCUGAGUUGUGAUCUGCAUAAUGGAGUUUUUGGUUGUCAGAGCGCUUCUAAAUGUUUAAAUGUUAAUCUGUCCGGCCGUCCCAUUGGCAGGGGCAUGAGCCUGAACACUAUAUAUUUGACUUUUCCAGCCAGUGCUCAGUAUGAUGGCAUUAUUUGGAUUUCUUUCUUUUCAUGCUUAAAUAAUUUCUGCAGUUAUUGAGCCAUGUUAAAAAGACAUUUUAGGUUGUUGGAUUAUAACUAUGAUCAAUUGCAGUCAUUGAAAUUAGACUUUUGGAUAAAUUCUUAUACUAUUGCUUGGCAUCAAAUUUUUUAACAAGCUCUGCUAUAUAAAAUUCAGAAUUUGAGCAAACCCAAAAGAGCACGGCUUGCGGGCUUGUGUUAAUUUCGACCACUGCUAUUGUUCAACAUUAGGAUAAAGAUUGUCAACAUUGUUAUUAGCAAAGCUUAAAAAAUGUCAGAACCAAUAAACAGUACAUAUCCUUGCUUGAAAACUUUUUCAUUCAUUUAUUACUGCAUAAUGUUAGCUUUUUUGUAAAACAUGUGGAAAUAUGCUGUAUUUGUGCUUUUCAUUGUAAAUUACUGUAAUAAGUCAUGUGAUCAUUAUAUCUCUUAUUUAUACUUGGAUUUUUUAUAUUUCUCAUAUCAAGCUUUCGAGAUUUUUAUCAUAUGAUAGAUAUGAGAUUUAAAGUUCGAAAACAUUUACAUGCUCUGUUAUAAGAUUUUCAUUUAAAAACAAGCAAAUACAAAUUGUAGCUGCCUUGUUAUUUGAAAAGUGUAUUUUGAGUUUUUUAUGUUCAUCUUUUUUCACAAGUAUAGUGCCAUUGAGUUUAUAUUAUAAGCUUCUUCAGACAAAUGAAGUGCCUUGAAAAUAUUGAAUGAUUUAGAACACCUGAUGACAUUAUGUUUAGCUUGUUGGUAUUCUCAACUUUAACUGUGGUUAACACUUUCCUUUAAAAAAAAAUUAUUGAUAUUAAUGCUAUUGAAUAAAUGUGUAAAAAAUGUUCUAAAAACUGGAGUACCUAUGUUUGUACAUUGUAAAAGAAAUUACUAUUAUAUUCUGUGUCUAACUGUCAUUUUGUUUUCUUGCAAACUUCCUGUCUUUGUAGAUAUAAAUAAAGAGAGUAUUAAAACACUCA